AGUGUGGAGCUUUUUGUUUUCAGAUAGGUUCGCGUUAGAUUCAGUUAGCUUAAUUUAGUUAAUUUAACCUUGAAAUACAAAAAAAAAAACAUACGCAAACGCUACUAUAGGAACUAAUAAGAAAGGAUAACUACAUUUAAUAAGUAUAGCUGUUUUGCUACUAGGCUAACUUGAGUGCCUGAAGUGGAAAUUUGGACGGAUCCGUGCCUUUUUAGUUAUCGAAAACUCGUUCUGUGGUGGUGUUGCAAAAAAGGUAGCAACGAUGGCGUCAACGCUCCUGUCCCCAUGCGGAGUGCUGUCAGAUGAAGAUGAGUAUGGACCAGUGCUCGAGUCCACUGCGGUAGACCUCGGGGCUCUCCUGCGUCCUAAGGCUCCGCAUCCAGAAAUUUCCCUAAUCUCUCCUGCCAUAGAGCCCUGCACCCCCGCAAGACAGGGCAAGGUUGUGGUGGAGCGGCAGGGGAGUGGAGACGAGGGCUCGGAGAAGCUGAAGGUGUUCCUGCGCAUCAGGCCUCUCACCCAGACUGAGAAGAACCGAGGAGAGGAGCAGGGGUGUGUGAGCGUGCAGGGAGACGAGACUCUGCUGCUGAAAGCCCCCAAAGACUCCCACAACAUGAAGUAUGCAGACAAGGGAGUCACACAGGGCAUGCACAAGUUCAGCUUUUCUAAGAUCUGUGGGUCUGACACGAGUCAGCAGGAGUUCUAUGACAGCACCGUGAGGCACAUGGUCCGGGACGUCCUGCGGGGGGAGAACCGCCUUCUUUACACCUACGGUGUCACCAACUCUGGCAAAACGUACACCAUUCAGGGCGUGGGCUCCGAGGCUGGCCUGUUGCCGCGGGCAGUGGUGUCCGUGUUCCUGAAGCUGUCGGGGCGUCUCUACCCGGCCCUGGACCUCAAACCCGUCCUGUGCCAGGAGGUGCGCAGACUCGACACCAGCGAGGUCAGAGUGGAGACCAUCCGCAGAGACGCGCUGCUAAAAGAGGAUGACUGCUCCACGUCCCGUCUGCGUAAAGACGCCAGCAUGAGCUACGACAGCGGCAUCGGAGGCUACUCCAGCACCAGCCACAUUGCCACCCAGCUGGAGGAUUCAGACAGCGUGUGUCUGGAAGCCGAAGGGCUAGGCUUGAGUCGCGAGGGGGAGCUUGAGGAAGGGGUGCAGUUUUCAGUCUGGGUGUCCUUUUACGAAAUCUACAACGAGUUCAUCUACGACCUCCUCGACUGCCCGCCUUCUCUGCAGAACCGCAAGAGAGCCACGCUCCGUCUUAGCGAUGAUAAGCAUGGCAACCCUUAUGUGAAGGACCUCACCUGGAUUCAGGUGCGCAGUGCAGAUGAGGCCUGGAAGGUUAUGAAGAUUGGACGAAAGAACCAGAGUUUUGCCAGCACACACCUGAACCACAACUCCAGCCGCAGCCACAGCAUCUUCACCCUCCGGCUGCUGCACAUCCACCCUGGCUCUGACCUCAAACCGGAAACACGCAUCAGCGAGCUAUCUAUGUGUGACCUGGCCGGCUCAGAGCGCUGUAAGGACCAGAAGAAUGGAGAUAGAAUGAAGGAGGCCAACAACAUCAACACCUCCCUACACACACUGGGCCGCUGCAUCACCGCUCUCAGAUACAACCAGAACAACAGAUCUCGGGCCCCUCAGGUGGUCCCGUUCAGGGACAGUAAGCUGACCCGUGUGCUGCAGAACUACUUCACCGGUCUGGGCCACUCCGCCAUGGUGGUCAACAUCAACCCCUGCGCCUCCACCUACGAUGAGACGCUGCAGGCCCUCAAGUUCUCCGCCAUCGCAACACAGCUUGUCCAUGGCCCCACCACUAAGACGCGCGUGGCAUACAUCCUGUCGCUCCUGCGCGAGCAGCAAGAUGGAGGAGGAGUACUCGACGAGAGCAGCUUUCUGGAGGAUGACGAUGACUUCGACGGAGACAUGAGCAUGAUUGACUCCGACGGACUGCUGCAGGCCAUAGACAUAUUGAAGCGUGAGGUUCUGCGUCAGCGCCAGGAGAAGGCAGAGCUGGAGGCGAGCGUGAGAGAGGAGGUGUGUGCGGAGAUGAUGGAGCUCAUCACACGGAUGCAGAGUGACUUCAGUGAAACGUUAGAAACUGAGCAGACACUGAUAGAAGAGCGUUAUGAGAAGAAGAUCAGCAACCUACAGACCAGCCUCAAGAAAUACUAUAGCCAGGAGAUCGAGGAGCGAGAAGAGCAGAUCCGUGAACUCUCCUUCGCCUCGGACAAGAGAUCCUCCAGGUCAGAGGGCAUCGCCGCGGCGUCCGUCUUCUUCCCCCCGAUGGGAGAAGAGGGAGGCGUGCGCCGCUCCCAGCGGCUGGCGACACAGACGCAGACACACGCUGAGCAGCAGCAGUGUCAGCUGGAACUGGAGCAGUGCCGCGCGGAGCUGGACCUCUGCAAGACCGAACUGAAGCUGAAGACACUCGAACUCCAGCGUUCCCAUGUGCAGCCCCCCACACCUGGCAGCAGCAUGGCCUCCACAGCAGACCGCAAACUGGAGGAGGGACAGAAGAACCUGCGUCAGCUGCGUGAGGACCUGCAGAAGUUGGUUGCGGAUCUUCAGUCUGGAGAGAGGGCGUGCUGCCGGAACACAGAUGGAGAGAGACUCCGACAGGCGCUAAGCAGCGCAGAUGAAAAACUCGCUAAACAGGGUCAGAUGUUGGACGAGCUUCACACCAGUCUGCAGCUGGUGAAGGCGGAGCUCCGGAGGAAGGCGGAGUGUAUGCCGCCCCCUGCCCCUCCCACUCCCGGCUCAUCCUGUAAAAAACGAGGCUGUGCCGCGGCGGCGGCGGAGAACGUGCCCCCUCCCGAGAAACGGCCGUUCUUCCGCUCCCUGUUCCCCUCGCGCACGCCCCUCGGCAGACCCUUCACGCGCCAGAGAGCCGACGCCGUGGACACCAACGCCACGCCCUACGCACGCGUGCUGCGCUCUCGCCAGCCCUCACCGCCGCCCAGUCCCUCCCCCAUGCGCCGAGGAAUGAAGUACUGAGAAGCCAAUAAAGUUUUCGUUUUGUAAGAAAAAUACAGAUAUACGCACCCGUGGUCCAUUGAAAAGGGCCUGCUCUCUACGAGUCUGGUCAUUGUGUGCCACAUUGAGCUUGUGUGUUGCUAUGCAAACGUUUACUUUUUCUUUACCUUCAGCUUUAAAUCACAGGGGAGGAUUGCUAAGUGUUGGCUUUCUUGGGAGAUUAAGUUUGAUGUAUUGUUAAUGGGAUGGAACGUUUAUGUUCUGUGACGGCAUUGCAGGUAGCGAAGAGAAGCUGGGUUGUUGCCAAGGUGCUUUAUUAUUGUUAAGGGCUUAUUAUGUACAGUGCACCAGCCUUCAAUCUUCCGUGUGCACACAAACAUGUAAUCUUUGAAAUACCAGGUGAUUUUAUUUGUAAGACAUAUUUUAUUAUUUUGUAUUUUAAGGUAAUCAGUUUUAGUUUUGUGUAGAGUUUGAGGGCCUAGGCUAGUGCCUAAAAGUGGGUGCUAUAUUUGUUUGCUUUGCUGACGUCCCAAGAUAUUUAAAAAAAAAAAAUCAGUUUUCCACAUGAUUAAGAAAAUGUGGCUUGAGUAUCAACUAUGUAGUUUGGCUCAAAGCUACAAAUGAAUCGGUUUAGCUGAUUGAUACUGCUAAAUGUCCUGAUUGUGUGUGUGUGUGAGAGAGAGAUAGAUUUAGGUCUUCCUACACUCCCAGCACAGUGAGUGCUGGUUGUGUGUGUGUGUGUGUGUGUGUGUGUGUGUGUGUGUGUGUGUGUGCACGCGUUUGUAAUGAAGUCUGUUACUGUUUGUCAUUGUCAACCAAAAGCACUGAGGCCUAAUCCAAGUCGGCAGUAUUACUACCGCAGAAUUGAACUAAGAUUUCAGAGCUAAUUACGUCACAGCUGAUCACUUCAGAGCCGAUGGCUUUCCCCAGAACUGAAUGAAAGUAUAAAGAGUGGCUGGUGUUGUGCACCUGUUUGGUAUGCACAUACGAGUGAGUGGCCAGAGGCAUGUUCAUGACUUGUCUCCUUUGCACAUAAACUGUUCUUCUACUACGCAGGGUUAUUGUUCAUGUACAUAAACCUUAUUUCUAUGCUGUUUUAUGAGGAAAACAAACAAGCCUUAAGUUUGGCUGUGUGUUACAUAUUCUAACAGAAGUCUGAAGUAGCCUCUAACAACCAUGACGGACAUCAUCUGUCGUAUCUGUUCUUGUAUAUGCAUGUGUUUUUCUAUCCUGUUUGUAUUGUCUGUGAGAUCUGUUCACUGUCCUUAAAACAUUAAAGCCAUUUUUGUUGUUCA